AUGGUUAAUUGCGAAAAUGAUGCCGAGGACAUGACCGACCCUGAUAUCAUGGGGUUUGGGGUAAGCCUUUAUCUUUCGAGGGGACAAUCUAACCUUGCCGGUGGGCAAGACUCCGGGCUCUCGACACCUGGCAGAUCAAGGACCUCUGAGAUGGAGUCAGGAGCCACCGUGAGUCUAUUUCUUCUUUCCUACAUCUUUCGCUUGCUUUUGAUGUGGGAGUUUUGUUUGAUAACGACAGAACAUCUAUGUUGA